CAAACAAAUUCUUUAGAUUUUGUUUUUUUUUGUUUUUGUUUUUUUAAAUCUUAUAAAAAUCAAUAUUUAAAAAAAAAACAAACGACCAAAUGGAGAAAAAAUAUCGAAAAAUUUUCAUUACAGUCGGUACGACACGUUUUGAUCGAUUAAUCGAAUCAUUAUUAAUGCCCAAUGUUAUUUCGGCAUUACAACAAAUCGGAUGUGAACAAUUAACCAUACAAUAUGGCCGUUAUAAUGAUCUAGAUCAAUUAAAUUUAUUUCAAAUGUUACCAAAUAUUUCUGUAAAAUUAUUUGAUUAUGAUUAUAAAUCAUUUGAAAAAUAUUUACAAAAUUCAGAUCUUAUUAUUGGUCAUGCUGGUGCCGGUACAGUACUCGAAGCAUUACGUAUGAAUAAAUCAUUAUUAAUUGUUAUUAAUAAUGAUUUAAUGGAUAAUCAUCAACAAGAAUUGGCUGAUGAAUUAGCUGAAAAUAAUUAUGUUCAAUGUACAGAUAUUGAAAAUUUUCCCAAUAUAUUAUGUAAAUUUAAUACAAAAAAUAUACGUCCAUUUCCUAUACAUAAUCCAUUAUUGUUUCGAAAUUUUAUUCAAAAUUUAUUCAAUCAAGAAACAACAACAACAACAACAUAAUCAUAUUCAUAAUCCCAAAAACAUUUAAAC